ACCUGAACGACAGUUCCCUCGCGGUCGCGACUCCAUACACACCUGCCGUGCUGUCACUUUUCGAAUUUCGAAAUCGAACUUUUCGCGCUACUAAAAAUGUAAAUGCAUUUCUUUACAAUUUCAAAAAACGAACACUUUGGAAUGUAAUUGAUGUGCCAACUGGCCAGUGUAAAUAUUAUUGUGUAAAUAUAAUUAUAAAAGUGUAAAUAAGUAAUUUUAUUUAUUUAUUAUUAGUGUGUGUGUGUGUAUAUUAAUAUAUUAAAUAAGCGUUUAUAAUAAUUAAUUUUUUUUUAUAAAAUCCUGUGAUAUUAGUAAUAAGGGGACCAGAGAUUACAAAACAGCAAGCAUGGUUGGAGCCCCGGAUGUUGUCAAACCAUCUGAUAAAGUCGAGGAUCAGUCUCCACACGUCACCGGCAGCCCAAUUUUUACUAUUAGCGAUGAUAUUGGAUGUUCCGGGAGCACAUACAACAUGGCAUCCAUAAAUUCCUCCGGAGACCUGAAGAGUCCGGGAGACCCACCGGACAAGAGAAUCACUGAUGCUGAUGCCGAAAAACAACCACUAUCAGGGAAGAAGGAAGAAAGAUGGUGGAACACACUGAUGCAGGUAGCGGUGCCGUUCUUCAUAGCUGGCUGCGGAACUAUCGGCGCUGGUCUCGUCCUUGGUACUGUCAAGGAUUGGGAUGUCUUCGUGAACGUAUCCGCUAUUUUCGUAUUAGUGCCAUCUCUUUCGGGACUUAAAGGUAACUUGGACAUGUGUUUGGCAUCUCGUCUGUCCACACAGGCGAAUCUUGGCAACAUGGAUUCCACAAAAGAAGUUAUCUCCAUGGUGGUUGGGAAUAUAUCUUUAGUACAGGUACAAGCGAUAGUAGCUGCAACCGUGGUCUCCAUAUUCGCAAUAGUGAUAAACACCAUAGCCGAUGGCACUGUGAAUGGAAACUACAUCUUGCUUAUAUUAGCAUCAGCCGUCUUCACUGCCACUACCACCUGUUUCGUGUUAGAUUUCGUCAUGGUUUUGGUGAUAUACGCGUCCCAUAAAUUCAAAGUAAAUCCAGACAACGUGGCUACACCAUUAGCAGCCUCCAUUGGGGACAUCGUUAGCAACUCUGUACUGGCAGUAACAGCCCAGUAUAUGUAUGAACAAAUACAGCCCCAUAACGAAGAUAAGUCUGAGGUGUCACUAUGGCAGCCAAUCGUACUUAUGUGCGUAUACUACUGCAUGCUGCCGAUGUGGGUUUUCGUUGUAUGGAGGAACAGAUACACCAAAACGGUCCUCACCACUGGCUGGACGCCCGUCAUCUCGGCACUCUUCAUUAGUGGCAUUGGAGGCAUUGUCCUCGACCAAGCAGUUGACCAAUAUCCUGGCUACGAAGUGUUCCAACCGAUUGUCAACGGUAUCGGGGGAAACCUCGUCUGCGUACAGUCUUCACGUCUCGCCACCCAUUUACAUCAGACAGCUAUUCCUGGCGUCCUCCCGGAGAAUACCAGGAUCAUGGAGUGGCCAUGGAAAACCUGGUUCUUUGGAACUCCUGCUGCGAAGGUGGCCCGUAUGUUGUUGGUGCUGGCUGUGUUAGGACAAACGAUAUUUAUGGUGGUAGCCGAUGUCGUCUACCAAGGCAUCGUAACAGUACAAUUCGCGUUUGGCCUCACCUACUUAGUCUGCUCCUUGCUGCAGGUCAUGGUGCUACUUUACCUGGCAUAUGUAUUCAUUCACUUAAUGUGGAAGAAAAAGAAAGAUCCGGACAAUGCAGCUAUACCAUAUCUUACAGCGUUAGGUGACCUCCUAGGCUCAGUGUUCUUGGGUCUGGCAUUCUUUAUUUUAUCAAUGUUUGGCAUGCAAUACGGUAAUAAUGUUCAGUGAUCGUGUUAAUUUUGUGGAAUGAUAAACGAAAAACCACGCCAAAGCUAUAUUUCAAGCCUAAUCAUACCAACUCAACAAGAAUUGUUGAAGGUGUCUUGCAAAAUCGUAUAGUUUUGCAUAAGAUUACAAGCUAGAUGAAAUAACACGACAAAUGAGAUAUGACAAUGUGUAGAUGUAUUUUUGCAUAUAUACGUGUCUUUCAAUUUGACCCAUUAAAAUUUGACUUUUAGAAAAGUAUUUAUUAUUUAGUAUUUCGGUUUAAUUAUUGGUGAUUUACUUUAAAAUAUAUGAUAUAUCUUUGCAGUAUUAAUUGUGAAAAGCCUUUAAGGUGCUCGGUGCCAAUGAAUAUCAGCAUACGUGGAUGAUCUAUUUAGGAACACCUUUAUUGUUUUGCAUGUUGGCUUUGAAAAUCGCAAGUCUUAUGAUAGGGGAGCCUAGUUAAUGUAUAUAAAUUUUGUUAUAUCACCUUGGCCUCCUCCGAAUUGAUGUUAGCGUGGCAAUCUUUCUAAAUGAGGGUGCCUCAAUCUGUGAUAUGAACCCAAAAAUGUGAUUUAUUGCAAUUACUAUCGUUUUAAACAUUAACAUCAUUUUUAUUAAGCAGGACAAUAAAAUUAUUAUUUGAAAUUUUACAAACUAUUGAUGUAAGCGCGUGACAUAAUGAUUUCAUUACGCCUACGUUUGUGCUAACUGUUUUAGCCACUCACUUGUUUUUAUCAUGUUUCUGUUUUACAUGCCUGACAUAUAUUUUUACACCAUUGUUUUGUACAGUAGGUCUAUACCUAUUGAAUAUUGUUUUCGUUUCAACUGUAUUCCAAAUAGAUGAUUUUACUUUCACUAUGUGCGUAUUCUGGUGAUUAGAACGUUGGAGAAUUAAGUAUUUUUCUAAACAUCGUCUAUGUCUAUUAUAUGGAAAUUGCUUCUAGUUAAUUGUAGAUAAAAACCUUGUAAAUAAUAACAGUAUAAUAAUUUUUAAGAAAACUGCUAAAAUUAUCAGUUAGUAGAUAUGUAUGUAUGUGAUAUGGCACUUUUGUUACUACCGUUGUUAUGAUAUUUCUGAAAUAAUAUACAAGAUUGAAAAAAGAAUGUAGCAGUAGUAAGAAAAUCAAUAGUGAAUUAAAUAUGAUUAAUUGAUUAAGGACAUGAUAAAAGAGAAAAUAAAUUUAAACCUUAAAACAUUGGACGUUUUGGUACUAACAUGUUGCAUGUAUCCAAAUUUGCAUAUAGAAGACGAUAAAUUGCCAACGUUAAAACUAAACGUUUUAAUAAUUGACUGUUAGUAUGAUUUAGAAUUACAUACCGUUGACAUGUAUUUUGACGCUAAAACUCGUAACGUCCGACAUAUCUUUAAUAGUAAUCCACUAAAUGAUGAACAUUUCAGAAAUAACAUAAAAAAAAUCACUCCUAUGAAUGUAGUAAUAGUAGACAAAAUGAGUACAAUAAAGCAAUUAUUUAGUAUUAAUUUAGGAGGCCUACAAUUUUAAUUAGGUAAUUUAUUAAAACUACCAAGUAAAUAAUUAAACCGGUUAGUAUUUAAGCAUUUGAAACGAUUGUUUUGAUAGUUAGUAAAUAUUUUGUGUAUGAUUGUCUGGUGUUGAGAUCUCGUGAGUCAAUGUAAAUAUUAGGUACAAUGUAUCUCAAAUCUAUGAAGUGUGAAAAAAAAAAUUAAAUAAUUCAACCAUUAAAAAAUAUAAAACUGUACUUCUUAGUGUCUAUUCUUGUCUAUAAGCGACGGUGAGGUGUUUGCUUGUUUCCCAUUAAAUGUUACAUAAAAAUUGUACUCAAGGACUCUUUAAAAUUGAACAAUUUUUUUUUUGUAAAAUAAGAACAUAGUAAUAUUUUGAAUAAAUAAAAAAUUCUCAAAGGAGUUUAAUGAUCAGACACAUUUUCCCCGAAUUACAAAGCCUACAAAAACAGAAGUUUCUGUAACAAUAUACAUACUUUUUUUAUACCACUGAGAUGGUAAACAAGCAUACGGCCCACUUAAGCACGUAAGCGGUUACCGUAGCCUACGAAUGCCUGCAAUACCAGGGGCGUUACGCGCACGUUGCCGACCCUGAAGAAAUCUCUUUACCGCUUUUUUUUUUUUAAGAAUUCCAUGUUGUAUUCUCUUGGAAAAACCCUCGACAGGGAGCUCAUUCCAUAGCCAGAGCAUCUGUGGAAAGAAAAAUCUUUGAAAUCGCGCUUAACGCGACUAUCCAGGCUCUAAGGUAUGGCGGUGAACUACCUGUCGAUGGCGAGCUGUAUAUUGGUGGAAAGUGGUCGUGGGCACCGUAGGUUACUUGUGAAAUGGAUUUUGGAAAUUUAUAAAAAAAAAUAGGAAAUAAUAUGUAGAUAGCGUACAAAAUACGUUGUAUACGUAAUGGUUGAGUUAUGGAUGACUUUAAUGCACGUUCAUCGAUUUGAGACACCGUGAAUUCAUUUGACGGACCUGUUAUUUUGCAAUUUUUGCAACUACCUCAGUUGUUAAUGCUAUAAAAUGUAGGUUACCAAAUUACAUUAUUAAAUAGAAAUAUAUAUUUUGCUAUACAAACAAAUUAGAUGACUCAAAGAUCCUAAUAUGACAUUUAUAUUAUUAAUACGUCUUACCAAUUUUUCUGUCUAUACCUUACCAUCUUGUAUAUAAAUUAUAAAUAUAAUUAUUUUUGUAAUAACCGUUUUCACAUGCAGAUUUAUAUUCAUAACAAUUUAAUUAUUGUUCAUUUAAUCUUUUUGCUUUAUUAUUUUAAAUUGAGGAAUAAAUUUGUUAAUUUAUAAAAUAACUGGUAACAGUGAAUGUAAAUGCAUUUUGUUUAUAAAUUUAUUGCUUCAAAACAAUUUAAUUAUUGUUCAUUUAAUCUUUUAACUAUAUUAUUUUAAAUUGAAAAAAAUAUAUUGUUAAUUUGUAAAAUAAACUGGUAACAGUGAAUCGUAAUGCAUUUUGUUUAUAAAUUUGUUGCUUUUAUAAAUCGAAAUAACAAUUUUUGUGUGAUAAAACGUAUAGUGAUGUGACAACAAUGCUUAUAUUAUUGUAAAUGAAUUACCUUAUGUCGCAAAGAGAAAAUGUGACUUAAACAUUUUAUAUUUAAGAUGUAUUUUUGAAUGGAUGAUGUGAUAUAAAUGAGAUUCAAUUUGUAUAUAGAAAUUGUUAUGUAGUACGUAACAAACGUUGAUAAAUGCUAAAUUUAUAAAUACUUUAGUCCACUACAUACUCUUUUUUUUUAUAUAAGACGUCCACUUUGAGAGUUAUUUUUGCCAAAAUAAUUUAAAAUAUAAUAAGUUGUUAUAUCCAGAAUUGAUUGCCAUAUUACAAUAAUUCACAAUAGGUUAUUACGAAAUUCUGAAAGCAAUUUUAAUAGUUUGACAAAAUCACUACAUUGCUCUGAAGCAAUAGUGAAAAAAAAAAACAAAUUAUGUAUAAAAUUUUUAAUUGUAUUCACUUCAUGUGCUACAUAUUAAUUUCGUGACUUCUAUUAAUUUCGUGACUUCUAUUAAUUUUUUUCUUGAACAAAUAUCGAAAUAUUUUAUUUUACUGUGUAACCAAAAUAUUGUUUGGACGAAAAAGUAUUUAUUUUUUUGAAAAUAUUAUAUGUAUCAUGUAGAGAGAAUAUUACAGUCGACUUACAAUUCCCAUAAAGCCUAAUUAAUGUAUUUUACGAAUGAUGAAAACUAUUAUUGUAAAACUAAUAAAAUUCGACUAAUUAUUUAGUCAAAUGCCA